GGUUACUGUAUAGUAUAUGAACAUGUAGUAGUUAGGCAAAUGUAGCUAGGCAAAACAUGAAGAUUAACUUUGUAUUGUUUUGGAGUGUGGCAGUCUGUGUGUGUGCAAGUUUCAUCUCCGUGAGAGGUGAAUUUACAUUAUCAGUGAAUUUCAUCAACUACACCAACCCAACCGGACUGUGUGCUGACUGUGAGACUGAAUUGGGAGAUGUGACAAGUGCUGACCAGCUAGUACCAGUUUGCUGUGAUGAGCUACCAUUCAUAAACACCAAUUGUGACAACAUAGGAGAGGGGAGAUGUGACACCAGGUUCCGUUGGACCAUCAGACAAUUUGGUGCUACGCUAGAGACACGAGCCCUUAGUAUGCACUAUCCUAACGCUUCUUCCUACUUCUUUACCAACUGUAACAACUUACACGACACUUCUUGCCCAUUCAGUGAAAUGAGCACAACAUUCGGUCAAGGUCCAACAGCACUACUGGGAGUAACAUCCAAUCCUCUGCCUGUUUCAAAAACAGAUUUUACUGUGUGGAUGGGACGAAUCCAGUUUUUCAUAGAAGCUGUGGACAGUAUGCUGCCAAACAUAAUAGACAGUUUGUUGAUUGACCUGGACAACCUCCAACUUGGAGCAGACUUAACAGAGGAGAUGACGUUCACUGGAUUCCACAAUAUAUCUUACAUGACCAUGACUUUUAGAGUCGAGUGCUCUCCUGGUUUCUGUGGACCUGACUGUAUGACCACACCUCAGAACAAUCCACAAGUGGCGACAUGUCAAACUGAUGGCACUCUAACAUGUACUGAUAAUCGAUUAGACCCUUCACCUUUUGUAGCCUGCAACGACUGCCUCUACAACCUGGAUAUUACUACUGGCUGUUCUACCUGCUUGGAUGCCAACUAUGACCUAGCCACAAACUGCACCCAGUGCCUACCCAACAGAGAUCCCUCUACCAAUUGCUCCCAGUGUCUACCAGGCUGGGACAUCACCUCGAACUGUACUUGUUGCCUACCCAACAAAGACCCAGUCACCAACUGCUCUCUCUGCCUACAACCAGACAGGUUCACUGAUACAGACUGCAGUGUGUGUGCUCUACCAGGAGGGGACCCAGCAACACUCUGUCAAACAUGCUUGGAUAACUUUAAUCCUACCUGCACUGAGUGUGUGGCUAACUAUGAUCUGAACACCAAAUGUUUGUCUUGUCUACCAGGCUAUGAUAUUAAUAGUGUAUGUACAAUUAUGCCUUCUAGGACGAAAUAUAUCCACAAGAUGUACUGCCUGCCUGUCUAGAUUCACUGGAAGUAACUGUGAACCUGAAUCUAUAGAAACUUCACUAAGUGUGGGACUGGUGGGUGGUAUCGCUGGAGGAGUGGGUGGAGCUUUGCUACUCAUCAUUCUAGUAAUGGCCAUGCUCCUACUUACAGUCCGUAUCAGAAAGAGUGGUAACCAAGACAUCAGUACUGCCACUACUACAGACAAAAAAGUUACAGAAGUCAUGGAAAUGAGUCAAAAUCCCGUGUACAUCAGUAUGAGUACAGCUGAAACGCAUACCACGGACCAUGAACCCAUACAAACACGUCCUAACAUACUCAAAGGGAUUAAUGCUGAGGCUAACCACACCCACCAGUAUGAGACUGUGGACACACCCAUUGAAAUAAAUCAGAACCCUGUGUACAAUAUUGAAGCUGACUAUGAGAACAAUGAUCUGGGACCGACAAGAAAUGAGCAGCUACCGCCGGAAUACGAUUAUAUUCAAGUGUGAAACUAUAAUACAGCCUAUUUCCUUUUAUUCUUGCUACAUAAUUGCUAAUGUGUAUAAAAAAGUCUAUGGUAUACCAUAUAGCGGGUAAUUUUCGUUGGUGCAAAUUUUCGUACAAAUACUUCUUUUCGUACAGCUCGGAUAGUGACGUUGAAUCUAUUGCGGUAAAAUAAUUUUGUAGUUUUAAUUUUCGUAUUCAAUACGAAAUAUUCCGCUAUACAGUGCCAAU